AGAGAGAGAGUGAAUAUGCUAACUAAUGCCUGUUAAAGAGAGAGAGAGAGAGAGAGUUGGGGGGGGGGGGCUCUAUAUUGGUUCUCCCCAUCCAGCCAGGCAGUAAGGUGUUAUGGACGGCAUAAAUCCCUGUUCUUGAAUAUUGCUUUGCAUUUCUCUCACUAGACGGCCAUUGCACAACCAGAAAAAACAAAGCCAAAAGAGAGAAAAACCAUAAAGAUUUGAAGAUGACAAACCCCAUUACUGAAUUCCACACAGUUGAAACAGGUGAUGGGGUUAAACUUCAGGCUAGAGUGUACAAACCCAUUGGAGCAAAGAGUGAUAUAGCGGUUGUAUUGGUUCACCCAUAUACAGUUUUGGGUGGUUGUCAAGGUUUGCUUAAAGGGAUUGCUUUGAAUUUGGUAGAGGGAGGUUAUAAAGCUGUUACUUUUGAUAUGAGGGGGGCUGGUAGAUCCACAGGGAGAGCUUCUCUCACUGGUUCAUCAGAGAUUAAUGAUGUUAUCAGUGUUUGUAAUUGGGUUUCUCAGAACCUCUGUACUGAUAGAAUUCUUUUGGUGGGUUCCUCAGCAGGUGCUCCAAUUGCUGGUUCAGCAGUGGAUCAGGUGCAACAAGCUGUGGGUUAUGUGAGCAUUGGUUAUCCAUUUGGGAUGAUGGCUUCCAUACUUUUCGGGAGGCACCACAAAGCCAUUCUGAGAUCCCGAAAACCAAAGUUAUUUAUAAUGGGAACAAGCGAUGGAUUUACAAGUGUUAAACAGUUAGAAAACAAGCUGAAGAAUGCAGAGGGGCGUGUGGAAACACAUCUCAUCCCUGGUAUUGGCCAUUUCCAGAUGGAAGGGCCUGCCUAUGAUGGGCAAAUGGCUGAUUUGAUCCAUAGUUUCAUUGGAUCUUUGUAAUUUCAGAACAAGCAUCUCCUAACAUGACGAGAGAGAGAGAGAAAGGUAUAUGAAUUUGUUUAAUUUAUUGUCCGUUUUCUUAGGUUGCCUUUAUUUUAUAAAGAAACAAUGUAUGCGUGUGGGUGGGUGGUUGAGAGAGAAAUUCUAGCAUGAGGAAAGAAUGUAUGUGUGUGGGUGGUUAAGGGAGAUCCCAGCAUAUGGAAACAAUGUGUGUGUGUGUGUGGGUGAAUGAGAGAGAGAUGCCAGUAGAAGAAUGUAUGCAUUGGACUCGAUUUUCUUUUCUUCUCAAUCUGCUUCGCCUUUUAUGGUGCAUGACAGAUCUCCAACGUAUUGUGUAUUUUGUUCGAAUUUGCUU